AUGGAGGAGCUCGCUGGCGACCGCCCCGGCCCGCCGCCGCUCUAUCUCCCGCUUCCCCCGGACGACCUGCUCCUGGAGAUCCUCCUGCGCCUCCCGCCGGAGCCCAUCUACCUCUUCCGCGCCUCCUUCGUCUCCAAGCACUGGCGCAGCCUCGUGCACGACGCCCGCUUCCUCCGCCGCUUCCGUGAGUUCCACGUGGGGACGCCUCCCGUCCUCGGCUUCUUCAACAACCAGUUGGAGCAUCCCCUCUUCGUCCCCACCUCCGGCGGCUUCGCGCUCUCCACCGCCACGAUGUCCCACGACGACUGGUGGGCCCUCGACUGCCGCCACGGCCGAGCCCUCCUGGAAAGGCUCGGAUCCGGAAAGCUCCUCGUCUGGGACCUCUUGACCGGCGACGAGCGCCACCUGCCCGCCCCCCCAGCCUGUGACGGGAUGUACAACGAUACGGUUCUGUGCGCGGCCGGCCACACCGUCCACGGCGACUGCCGGUCGUGCCCGUUCCUCGUGGUGUACGUGUUCAGUCGAAGUAGUUCUGCUAUCUGUGCGUGCGUAUUGUCAUCCGAUACUGGCGUCUGGAGUGAGGUCACCUCCAUCGAUGCUUCUAGUAAUAUACAGUACAGGGUGCUCUGUUCUCUCCCACCUUUUGGGUUCCUCGGCUGUGGCAUCGGGGUCUACCUGUACCACCCUGACACGGGUGACCUCGUCGGCCACUGCACGAUUAAGUGCACCUCCAUGGCGAGCUUGCUCCUCGUGACGGAAGGUGGAGGGAUCUGCAACGGCAUGGGCUGCUGCACCGUCACUUUCCCCGUGGCGUUCCGAGGGUUUAGGGUGACCAUCGUGAAGAACAACGAGACAGUGCCACAGCCUUUUGCUAACAUCACCAUCAAGGCUUUCUUGUCAUUCCGCCCGUAUAUCUUUAGCAUUGCGGACCUGUUGUCCGAUAAGAUAAAUGCGAGCACUGUCGGUGCUUCCUCUGCUGCGUACCUCUCGACUGUGAUCACAGAUAAGCCCAAUUGCGCAAAAGCUCGGUCGGAUGAUAAGACACGGUAUGCCUGUGGCAGUAGCAAUUGUGAGAAUGUGGCAAAUGGAGGCUACUAUUGUACCUGCUCUAGCAGUUCUGAUGAUGGUAAUCCCUACAUUCUUGAUGAUUGCAAACAAGAGUAUAAUCAUACCCCCAAAAUGAACUGUUCUAGAUCAUGUGGUAGCACAAACGUUCCUUUCCCUUUUGGGUUUGAACCAGGGUGUUACGCUACCAGGAGAUUUCAACUGAAUUGCGCAUCCAAUCGCACUCUUAUUGGCAGACCACCUGUAAAAUAUGAAGUGACAAAUAUUUCAUUAGAUGAUGGACUGCUAUAUGUUAAUAAGCUUUCAGAGUUUGAAGAUGCCAACAUGAAUUAUCUAUCAAUAUACUACGGUGGCUCUGGAUAUUUUGGUCAGCAACUGGUAUAUGGAUUGGAUAAGUCUGAUUUAUCUGAGGAAUUUGGUGUCUGGAGGUGGUCCGCGGCCAACCUUACAUGUGAAAGUGCAAAAAAAGACAGAGCGUAUGCAUGCCGUAGCGCGAAUAGUGAGUGUAUUGGUGUCACGCAUGGAAAACUCUACAUUGGUUAUCGAUGCAAGUGCUCUCCUGGCUUUGAAGGAAAUCCUUAUGUCGAAAAUGGAUGCACAGAUAUUGACGAGUGUCUGAUACCCAAUAACUGUAAUGGGACAUGCUAUAACCUGAAAGGAAGCUUCCGUUGUUGCCCUCAUGACAUGUUCUUUGAUCCAGUAGAAAAACAGUGCACUCCUGAUAAGCGGCAAAAUCUUAUUUUGGGGGUUUCUACUGGGAUUGGCAGUGGUUUUGGAGUACUAGCUCUUGCACUGGGUGCGAUUAUACUAAUGAGGAGAUUGAAGAGAGGCGCUCAAAGGAAAAUCCGAAGGGCAUUCUUCAGAAAAAACAAAGGUCUGCUCCUGGAGCAGCUGAUCUCAUCCACCAGUGAAAGCGUCACUCACAGCACAAGGAUAUUUUCCAUGGAAGAGCUAGAGAAAGCAACCAACAACUUUGACCCGACGCGUGUGCUCGGGCACGGAGGCCAUGGCACCGUCUACAAGGGGAUUCUAUCCGACCAGCGGGUGGUGGCCAUCAAGAAAUCCAAGAUGGUGGAGCAGAGCGAGAUCGACCAGUUCGUCAACGAGGUGUCCAUCCUGUCCCAGAUCAUCCACCGCAACGUGGUGAAGCUCUUCGGGUGCUGCCUCGAGUCCGAGGUGCCGCUUCUCGUGUACGAGUUCAUCUCCAACGGCACGCUCCAUGACCUCCUCCACGGCGACCCGGACGCCAAAUGCUUGCUGACGUGGGACGAUCGUAUCAGGGUUGCUCUGGAGGCUGCAGGGGCGCUUGCCUACCUCCAUUCGUCCGCCGCGAUGCCGAUCUUCCACAGGGAUGUGAAAUCUGCCAACAUACUAUUGGAUGACACUUUCACCACGAAGGUCUCGGACUUCGGCGCCUCUAGGUCCAUCUCCAUCGACCAGACUCACGUGGUGACCAUCGUGCAGGGGACAUUCGGGUACCUAGACCCGGAGUACUACUACACCGGGCAGCUCACCGAGAAGAGCGACGUCUACAGCUUCGGCGUGAUACUCGUCGAGCUCUUAACAAGGAAGAAGCCAAUUUUUCUCAACAGUCUUGGUGAGCAACAGAACUUGUGUCAUUACUUCCUUGGACGGCUGAAAGACGAAACCGUCAUGGAUAUUAUCGAUUCUCAAGUUGUGGAGGAGGCCAGCCAGAGCGAGAUCGACGAGAUGGCGUCGGUCGCCGCGAUGUGCUUGAGGACUAGAGGCGGGCAGAGACCUAAGAUGAAAGAAGUGGAGCUAAGGCUGCAGCUGCUGCGAGCUAGGAGGCGACCUCCUAGAAGACACGAACAAGAGUUGCAAAGGCACGGAGAGACCAAGCCGUUGUUGUCAACUCCAAUUAAGUCCAGAUCUACUUCUGUGGCCAUGGCCAAGAACGUUGAGCUUGGCAUCGUCGCUGAUAAUCCGCCAUCGCGGAUUCUCACGAGGUGCUACUCCAUGGAGCAAGAGAUGGCAGCUUCAUCAGAGUUUCCUCGUUAGGCAGUAGUAGAUUUUGUUUCGAAGAGGACUUCCC